AUGAAAGUAAAUUCUUCUCAAUUUAAAGGGGGUACACCAAAUCAGCUAAUUGUCUAUUUAGCGUUUAUACUAGCGAAAAUCUAUUGGAUCUAUUCAGUGCUUUACUAUGUAUUAAAAGAAACAGGAUUAUUACAUAAUAAAAAAGAAACACUCAUCACUCCUUCUCCUUCUGUCAUUCAUCAUCAUCAUCAUAAGAGAAGGACAAAAUCAGAUCCAACGUGUUCAGUAACCAAACAUACAACGGAAGCGAAAGAAUUUAUUCAUCGACAGCGGAAUGCAAACAAUACUUCUUAUCGUAGAAUGAGUUUACCAUCUCAUGUUCAUUAUCGACCCAGUGCUCAAGAUGAACGUGAUGGAACAACAUGUCCUCCAGUAUGGUGGCAAAAGACCCGAGUUAAAUUAAGACGUCAUCAUCGUAUUCCACAAUCUACAGACUUGAAUAAUCCAAAACAACAAAAUGAAUCAUUAUUAUUAUUAUCACCGUCCUCAAGUUGCUCCAUAUCUUCUAGUGAUAAACCAUCCUUAUCCGUUAAAGCAGCAGAAGAUGUGUCAUCUCUUUCACGGUGUUCAUCGUCGUCAUCAUCCACAUCAACAGCAACAACAAAUAGUGAAAGCAGUGAUAACAGUAGUCACAGUUCUUUAUAUCGUCAUCAAAAGAAAUCUAUAAAAGCAUUUAUGACUAAACUUAAUACUGCUUUACAUCAUCACCGUAGAAUUAGAUCGUUUGAGUAA